AUGGAAAGACAGAGAAAUCAUUUACAAUUAAAAGAAAAACAUCAUUAAGAGAAGGAAAGAGUGUAAUGUAAAAAAGUGAACCUAUUGCCUAAUUUAAUGUAUAUGAUUAUUAUAUAAUUAUAGAAUGAUACAAUUAAACAAAGUCAUAAAAGAGCUUAAACAAGUAGACGAAUGUAAUAAUCUUCGUAACCUAGAAAUUCAUCUAUAAAUUCUAAUACUCCUAAAAUUGCAAUUAGAAAAAUUGAUAGUAGAAUGGAAGAUGAAUUUGAAAUUUCAGAUAGAAGAAAAUCAAUUUAAAAGAGAUCAUUUAAUAUACCUUAAAUAGAUUAUCUUAAUUUUAAUGUAUAUAUUAUUUAACAAAAUAGUUAAAUAGAUAGCUAUUAUGAAUGGAUAAACUAGUAGAUCCUUUCCAAAAGCAUUAGAAUUAAUAAAUAGAGACAAUAAACUUUUAAGAAAAAAAUAAGUUGAUACUUCUAAAGCUUUGUAGACUAUUGAAAAUGAAAUCAAAUAAUAUGAACGUUUAGAAAAUUGUCAUCCUUUAAAUAUCAAAGAACAUAUUGGAAGAAUGCUUGUCAUUAAUGAAAAGAGAACUCCUAUAAGGUAAAGAAACAAGGAAAGAGAGGCUUUUACACGAAAUUUAUAAUUUCUUGAAGAAUCUUUUUAAUAAUAAACAGUUCCUGAGAAAAGAUUACAAACAGUUAUUUAAUAAUAUUUUGAUAAAAAGAAAACAUUUUUAGAAGAAAAAGCAAAAUAAGAAGAAAUUUAAUAGACUUAAUUAUAAGAGGAAACUAUUAGAAUUAAUAUAAAUAAAGGUAAAAUGAGAAUGUCAACAACAUUUUUAAAGAGAUUUAUUCAUUAAGUUGAAUAAGAAAAAUAAUUAAAGGUUGAAUAAAAUUAGAAUAUUGAAUAAUAAUAAUAUAAGAUUUGUGAAUCAUCAUAAAAUAUUGAAUCAUAAUAAAAUGUUGAAUAAUAAUAAUAAAUAGAAACUUAAAAGAGUCAUAUUUUAUCUAUAAAAUCAUCUCAAAAAAAUAAAAAAAGAUAGAAUUCUAUAUAUAGUGGACAAGUUAGAUCUAUAUUUAAAAAAAUGUUUCAUUUAAUUGUUGAUUGUGUUAAAAAAAUGAAAUAAAUGAAACUAACAAUAAAAGAAUUGUUUUAACAUGGUGUAAUUUAAAAGAAACCUUAUGAAAGAUAAGGAUCUUUCUAAUUUUUUGAAGCUGUUGAAAAUAAUAAUUAUGGUCUUGUUAAUUUUAUGUUACAUAAAUGUAGAUAUUAUGCAUUUGAUAUUAAUGAAUAAGGAUAAACACCUUUACAUAUGAGUUCAAUAUAAGGUUAUUAUGAAACAACAGAAAGAUUAUUAUAAUGUGGAGCUUACCCUGAUUCUUAAGAUCUGAAAGGUUUUUCUCCACUCUAUUAUGCUAUUUAAUAUUAAAAUAGUUAAAUAGUUUAAUUAUUAUUAUUUUAUGAUGCUAAUCCUUGGUCAAAUAGUAAAUAUAAAUUAGAUACUCAAAAUAAUGUAAUAAAAAAAUUAUUGAAAUAAUCAAGAAAAGUAUAUAUAUAUAUAUAAUUUUAAGAUUCAUUUAUUACUUUUAUUAACUAAACAUUCAGAAAGAGAUCAAAUUUGGAUAAAUUCAAGAGAAUCUUUGUUAUCUUGA